UCCUCUGACUGUGACUUCACCAGACAGGAUUACCAGAGAGAGGAAGCAGAUCACACUAUUGCUCUACCAGUGCAAAGGAAAAUCCUUGUACAGUACGAUGGCAGACAAAGUUUUCAAAAAGACCAGUGGAAAUGGCCAGCUCACUCUCUACCUGGGGAAGAGAGACUAUGUUGAUCAUGUUGACACAGUUGACACUGUUGAGGGUGUUCUGAAAAUCGACCCUGCAGAUCUUGGAGACAGAAAAGUUUGGAUUCAGCUGGCCUGUGCUUUCCGCUAUGGUCGUGAAGACCUGGAUGUGAUUGGGCUUUCCUUCAGAAAAGACAUCUGGAUUCAGCACAUACAGCUAUAUCCUGAUGCAGGCCACAAACCCACCCUGACAGAGAUGCAUAACACUCUCCUAAAGAAAGCUGGAGAGCAGGGUCAUGCCUUCACUUUUAAUAUUCCUACCAACCUCCCCUGCUCUGUUACACUUCAGCCUAGCCCAGAUGACAAAGGAAAGGCUUGCGGUGUUGACUUUGAGGUCAAGGCCUACUUGGCCAAAUCAGCUGAUGACCCCGAUGAGAAGAUUGACAAGAAGGACACCUGCCGCCUUGUCAUUCGUAAAAUCCAGUUUGCUCCUGAUAACACAGGAUCCGGACAGAAAGCUGAGAUUUGCAAGAGCUUUAUGAUGUCUGAUAAGCCUGUUCUUCUGGAAGCCUCUCUGGACAAGGAAAUCUACUACCACGGUGAUCCCAUCCCUGUCACUGUGAAGAUCAAGAACGAGACCAACAAAGUUGUGAAAAAAAUCAAGGUUACAGUUGACCAAACCACAGACGUCGUUCUCUAUUCAGCCGACAAAUACACCAAAAAUGUGCUGUGUGAAGAGUUUGGGGAAACUGUAGAAGCAAAUGCUUCGUUUGAUAAAACCCUCCAAAUCACUCCUCUGCUGGCAAACAAUAAGGAGAAACGUGGCCUGGCGCUGGACGGCAGGCUUAAAGAUGAAGACACCAAUUUGGCUUCAACUACAAUAAUUAGAAGCGGUAUGGAUAAGGAGAUUCUGGGAAUCCUGGUGUCCUACAAGAUCAAGGUUAACCUCAUGGUAUCAGGAGGAGGUCUGCUGGGAGGCUUGACAGCAAGUGACGUGACAGUAGAGCUGCCUCUGACCCUAAUGCACCCUAAACCCAAAGACUGAAUUCCCCGUAUCAGAUUCCACAGGACAGAUGUUAUCCUCGAGUACAUUCCCUCAGCACUUUCACAGCGAGUCCAUUACUCCGGCUCCACAUUAAGCAAAAAGGCAUCCCAAUGCCAGGAGUACCUCACAGCAAAGAAACCACAUCUGUAUCACUUAUAACUGGGUCACACUGAUGGUAAUAAAUAGACAGUUUAAAGCAUAAAUCCAACUUGAAUACAUAAGUGUGCGGUGAAUGGUUGCCUUGAGAUUCUCUGUCCAGGAAUAACAUGCCUCUUCUUUGUGAAAGUGCUCCCUAAUGGUCGUACCUAUAAAUGAACCCAUAUGGUUACAAAGAGUGUAUGAGCAAUGCAUUUUCAAUGAAUGGAGUUUGAUCAUCUGAUUAUGUAUGCUUGUGUUAACUUGUCUUGUCUAGAGUCUAGAGUCUUGUUUUGUCAAGUGUGGAAUUUUGGACACAUUAAACCAAAUAAAAUACCUUUAAAACCUUCA